AAGUAAUCUCUAAUGCGCAUGCGUAAGUACUUGCUGCUAGUUUAGUGGAAAUACUCUACAGUUAAAGAAAUAAAAUUAAAUGUGGUUCCGAGUGAUUACAAGCACGUGUAUUAAAAUUAUAUGAAGGUUAUUAAAUAGAAAAGUAAAAAUGGAUGCUUAUGAACUUUUUCAAAAACUUUCUACUGGUGCAAAAUUUGAUAAGAAACGUUUUUCUGCUGAUGCACAAAGAUUUCAGCUUAUUAAAAAACAGCCUGAAAAUGUGGCGAAACACGAAGAAAAAUGUACUGAAAUACCUAAUGAAAACUGUUCAGUGGUAUCUACAAAACGAAAACAUGAUACAGAGGAGGAGGAAAUUAACAAUACCAAUCAAUUAAUAUUACUUAAUGGAAUAUCUAUCUCUAAAGAUGGGAUUAAAAUGAAAUCCAAAAAGCAUAAAGAAUCUUUGACUAUAGAAAAGCAGCUAAAGUUGGAACAGGAAAAGGUUAAUCAAUUUCGUAAUGAACACCGCAUAAGCGUUACAGGCAGUCGUGUACCUAAACCUUUAUCAACAUUUAUGGAAUUAUCUGAAGUUUAUCAUGUUGCUGAACGUUUAAUAAAUAAUAUUAUGAAUCGUGGUUAUGUACAUCCCACAGCAAUUCAGAUGCAAGCUAUGCCUGUUAUGUUGCAAGGUAGACAAAUAUUGGCUUGUGCACCAACAGGAUCUGGUAAAACUGCAGCAUUUUUGUCCCCUAUAAUCCAUCAUCUAGGUGGACCACAAAAAAAGGGGUUCAGGGCUAUUAUUUUAAGUCCCACAAGAGAAUUAGCCAAACAGACAUACAGGGAAUGUUUAUGCCUUAGCGAAGGUUAUAACUUUAAAGUACAUAUUAUAAGUAAAGUUAGUCAAGCAUUAAGUAAAUAUGGACCUAAAAGUUCGCAAAAAUUUGAUAUAUUAAUUACUACACCAAGAAGAAUAACAUUUCUUUUAAAUCAAGAUCCACCAGCUAUUUCUUUAAACAACAUUGAAUGGCUAGUUGUAGAUGAGGCAGACAAACUUUUUGAAGAUGGAACACGGAGUUUCAAAGAUCAAUUAGAAGAAAUUUUGAAAGCAUGUACAAAUAAGAAUUUACGCAUUGCAAUGUUCAGUGCAACCAAUACACCUGUAGUGACAAAAUGGUGUCGGCAUAAUUUAAAAGGUCUUAUAACAGUUACUGUUGGUCACAGAAAUGCUGCAACUGAUUUGGUUGAACAAGAACUUCUGUUUGUUGGAACAGAGAGAGGAAAACUUGUAGCACUUAGAAAUAUUAUUCAAAAGGGAGUAUUACCACCUGUACUAAUAUUUGUACAAAGUAAAGAAAGAGCUCAAGAAUUAUUUAACGAACUUAUAUACGAUGGAAUUAAUGUAGAUGUUAUUCACGCUGAUAGAACACAAACGCAGAGAGAUAAUGUCGUUCGUUGUUUUCGUGAAGGAAAGAUCUGGGUUUUAGUAUGUACGGAAUUAAUGGCAAGAGGUAUUGAUUUCAAAGGUGUAAAUAUUGUCAUUAAUUAUGAUUUUCCACCAUCUGCUAUUUCUUAUGUUCAUAGAAUUGGUCGUACUGGUAGAGCUGGGCAUAAGGGAAAAGCAAUUACUUUUUUCACUGAGCAAGAUACUCCAAACUUACGAAGUAUAGCUGCUAUAAUACGAGCAUCUGGAUGCAAUGUUCCAAACUACAUGUUAAGUAUAAAGAAACAUAGUAAAAAGGAAAAACGGAAACUUGAGCAAAAAGCUCCUGCUAGAGAAAAAAUAUCUACCAUAGCAACAUUUAAACGUAGAUAUGAUAAAAGAACACCAAGAAAAUAUAUUACCAAUAAUAAUGAAAAAAAAGAAGACAAUUUGAUAAAUAAAAAAAAUAAAUAUUUAAAAAAGGAUAAGGAAAACAAAAAUCUAAGUAAACGGAAAAAGACCCAUAAAUCAGAAAAUGUUGUUUCAUCUAUUGAAAAAUAAUUAAAAGUUAAGUAAACAUACGGCAAAGAAUAAGAAUAUCAUUAAACAUGAUAGAAAUAUAGUAUCAAAGGCUCUUAUAGUUACAAACAAAAAACUGUAAUUUAAAAAAAACAAAUGUGAAUCAAGUAUUUGUAAAUGUACAACUUAUCUGAUAAGAAUUUCUAAGUAAAUUUUGUGAAUAGAUUUCAUAUUUUGUUAUAAUUAUUUAGAUUGUUUCAUAUUAUUAAAUAGUACUUGGUGAAAAUAAAUAGAUCAAUAUAAAACGGAAAACUGAGAUUUAUGGAAAGAAGAGUUGAAAUAAAAAGGAUGUGGUCUAAAAAUUAAGUCUGCAUGGGCUCAUCAUAAUACACAUACAAUGUUCCAUCUGACAUUUAUACAUGUACCUAAUGAACAAUGGAUAAAUAUAAAAAGCAAGACAAGAUUAUUUUUUAAAAACAUAAGCGUUAUUUAUUAUAAAUAUUAACCAUAUUAAUUAUAACAAAGAUUGAAUAGGUACCUUUGUAAAACAAUAGCCUUACGGAAUUAAUUAUUGCUUUACAUAAUAAUUACACAUGACUUAGAUAAUGAAUCAUAACUUCAUUCUAUACUUUUAUAUCCGUUAUGUACAUUUCAAAAUUAAUAGAAAGCAUUAAUAGCAAUAUAAAAUUUUCAAAUUUUCAAUUUAUGCACGGAUUAGUUGAACACCAUAACUACUAAAGUGAUAAUUUAUCACUA